GGAGCCUCUGGGGUCACGGAAGAACCAGAAGGCCUCAAGGGCUCUGGCAAAAGCCAGAUGUGUCCCACACACUGAGAGUCCUGAGCUCCUCCUCGGUUCGCAAGCUGUGUGCGCGCAGCAGCUUCAGUCUUUGCUGCUCGCCGCCCCGCCACCGUCUCCACGAGGAAUGAAACACAUGAAGAAUAAAAAUGAGAUAAAAAAUGUAUGACAAGCACUGGAGAAGUCCUCAGUGAUCACAGCCACUUCUACUGAUCCAGACAUCCGUGCAUUUGUUUCACAAAACAAGAGAGGGAGGUGGGGCUGGGAGUUGAGCUCAUGACCUUGCUUUGCCAGGCAGGUGCUUUAUGCCGCUGAGCUAUACCCUCAGCCCUAGGAAGGCUCUGCUUCACUCAUUGGGGCCUGUGCAGCCUGGAGGUUGGAUGCCCCUGCUGUAAGGUCCCUGGAGUGGUGCCGGGCUCUGUUUGUCCAGGGGCACCCACACCGGUGGGUGAGGAGGCAGCCAUGGGGCUGCUGACCGGGGAUGCACUGUUCUCUGUGGCCGUGGCUGUGGUCAUCUUCCUGUUCCUGGUGGACCUGAUGCACCGGCGCCAAUGCUGGGCCACUCGCUAUCCCCCAGGCCCUGUGCCAGUGCCCGGCGUGGGCAACCUGCUGCAGGUGGACUUCCGGAACAUGCUGGAGAGCUGCCGAAAGCCUCGUUUGAUGAGGUAAAGACCAGCAGCUCUGCAGGGUCCAGCCCCAGCUUCACAGACGCUCUGACCUUUUGCCUGCAGCUGCGGGGCCGCUUCGGAGAUGUGUUCAGCCUGCAGCUGGCCUGGAAGCAUGUGGUCAUUCUCAACGGGCUGGUGGCCGUGCGGGAGGCGCUGGUGAACCACAGUGAGGACACUGCUGACCGGCCACCAAUGCCCAUCUAUGAGCACGUGGGCAUUGGGCAGCACUCUCGUGGGGUGAUCCUGGCGCACUACGGGCUCACCUGGCGUGAACUGAGGCGCUUCUCUGUGUCCACCCUGCGCAACUUCGGCCUGGGGAAGAAGUCGCUGGAGCAGUGGGUGACCGAGGAGGCCGCCUGCCUCUGUGCCGCCUUUGCCUCCCAGGAUGGACGCCCCUUUAGCCCCAAUGCAUUCCUGAACAAAGCCACAUGCAAUGUGAUCGCUUUGCUCAUCUAUGCACACCGCUUUGAGUACGAGGACCUGCGCCUCAACCAGCUGCUGAGGCUGCUAGAGGACACCAUGAAGGAAGAGUCCGGCAUCGUGCCCCAGGUGCUGAACGCAGUCCCCAUUCUCCUGCGCAUCCCAGGGCUGCCAGACAAGGUCUUCCCUGGGCAGAAGGCCUUCAUGGAUCUGCUGGAUGAGCUGCUGACCGAGCACCGGAUGAGCUGGGACCCAGCCCAGCCCCCCCGAGACCUGACUGAUACCUUCCUGAGUGAGAUGGAGAAGGCCAAGGGGAACCCCAAGAGCAGCUUCAGUGAUGCAAACCUGCGCCUGGUUGUGGCUGACCUUUUCACAGCAGGGAUGGUGACCACUUCGACCACGCUGGCCUGGGCCCUGCUGCUCAUGAUCCUGAACCCGGAUGUGCAGCGCUGUGUGCAACAGGAGAUUGAUGAAGUAAUAGGCCAGGGGCGUCCCCCAGAGAUGGCGGACCAGGCCCGCAUGCCCUUCACCAACGCCGUGAUUCACGAGGUGCAGCGCUUUGCGGACAUCGCUCCACUAGGUUUUCCCCACAUGACAUCCCGGGACACUGAGGUGCAGGGCUUCCUCAUCCCCAAGGGGACCACACUCAUCACCAACCUGUCAUCGGUGUUGAAGGAUGAGACCGCCUGGGAGAAGCCCCUCAAAUUCCACCCUGCACACUUCCUGGAUGCUGAGGGCCGCUUUGUGAAGCCCGAGGCCUUCAUGCCAUUCUCAGCAGGUCCCCGCACAUGCCUCGGGGAGCCCCUGGCCCGCAUGGAGCUCUUCCUGUUCUUCACCUGCCUGCUGCAGCGCUUCAGCUUCUCGGUGCCUGAGGGGCAGCCCCGGCCCAGCGACUCUGCCCCCUUUGCCAUCCUGAAGAGCCCAUCCCCCUACCAGCUCUGCGCACUGCACCGUUAGAGGUGGCACCAAGGCCCUGCACUUGUGGCCAGCAGAGACCAGAUGUACAAUGAGCCCUUUUAGCAGCUCUACCCUGGCAACUUGCGGGUCCCCGUGCCAUCGUGGGGCCUCAGCAGCCUCCCCAGGGCCUCUUCUGCUCCCUACUUCAUCUCUUCUUUACUGAGAAAAAAAAAAAGGUAAAACUGGUCUCUUUUCCAGGUUAGGGCUUGUAGCUUCAUGAUAGUCGCAUGCUUAAAAGGGUUUCUAAAUAAAAGACAAAGCAGGCUGGGGAUUUAGCUCAGUGGCAUAAGCACCUUCCUGGCAAGGGCGCGGUUAUAAGUUCGAUCUCCCGUAACAAAAAGGGAAGAGGACAGUCAGAUAAAAUCUGCUAUGUUAACUCUAAAAAAGCACUGACACUUCAGAAGUUACUGCAGUAAUAUAAUUGUUUGCUUUUUUUGUAAUCCCAUAGAUUGUUUACAAAGCAAAGGAGACAAAGAUUAGGCACUGGCCAAAGUAGAUGAUAAACUCCCAGUACCAGGAGAAAAACAGAACUGUACCAGUGACUGUAGAACACUAGCUUGGCAAUCUGUUGGGCUGGUGCCUCAUUUGCAUGUGAUCAAAAAAUUAAAACAACAAGUCUCA